AUGAAGAGGAUUUAUCAGUGGUUCAGCAGGAGGUGUCCCCGCCGGAACAGGGGCUACAGCCAUGAGAUCUUCUCCCACCACAGAGGAGGCAGAAGUGGCAACAUCCACGGACAUGGCUCCUUCUUCUGUGAUGGAGAAGGCUCAAUCAUCUACGACCGAGGACCCUCCCCCUAUCGGCCAUCAUCAUCUACCUGGGACAUCACGGGGAGGUACAGCUGUGGAGGUGAUGGAUCUGUUGUAAUCACCAGCCGUGACAGAGAGGGGACAACUGCCUGGGGCAUCACUGGGGGGACAGUCCCAGUCUAUGGCACUGGGCAUGGAAUAGGGAGCAGUGAGGACUCAGGGGGUGGUGGAGGAUCCAGCUACCACAGUGGGAUACGAUACGAUGUGUCACCAAGAGAAAGUGCCUUGCCAACGUGUUGGGGAGGUGGUGGGGCAGGGUGGUACAGCGGGGGAUCGGGCUACGGCUCCGGGGGAUACUCGUGCCCAGAGUUCAGCUCUGGAGGUGCUGGAUCUUCCCAAGCCUUGCAGCAGAAAUGCCCCGUGGUCAUUCCCAACAUCGAGCCCCAGCAGAGCAAGAAGACCAACCACUGGCCCCCCAGUGAGAAGAAGUGA